AUUUUGGAAUCCAGUUAAGCAGUUUAUACGUUUCUUUUUAAAUAAAGUUUCUGCACGUGACCCGGAAGUAAACAUCACGAGGCGCUAGCAGCGUUAGCUUAUUAGCAGGCUAGCAGCGUUGGCAUGUGUUGAGAGGACGGUGGUGUUCUGUUGGGACGUUUGUGAGGUUUUUGGACAGAAAGGACGAUACGUGGUUCGUGUGGGAACUCUCAGCAUUUUCCAAAGUGUCGUAAAUGAGUGAAGAAGUGUUGAACGGAAAGACAACGUGGAUUGCUGUGAUUGUGAGACUAGCAGAUGAUCGAUCGGAGCUGCAGUGAAGAGGACGGCGGUGUUUGUGGGAGUUGGAGCUGAAGAUCGGAGCAGGAACCAUGUCUUCAGAACCUCAGGAAGGUUCUGUCAGAGAACAACUUUCUGCUGCUGAUGGAACCAUCGUCCAGAACGAGGAGGAGCUCUGUCGUCAGCGCAGACUGCUGGAUAGCAGCUGGAACCCGCAGCUUCAGCUACACAUAGUUGUCCUCCCUCAGCAUUAUGCGAGUGAAGAGGAUCUGUGCAACCAACAGAGCAAUUUAAGAAUGGAACAGGGGGAACCAGACCCUCCACAAAUUAAAGAGGAACACAGGGAACCAAAACCUCCAAAGAUUAAAGAGGAACUGCAGGAACCAAAACCUCCAAAGAUUAAAGAGGAACUGCAGGAACCAGAACAUCCGCAGAUUAAAGAGGAACUGAAGGAACCAGAACCCCCACAGAUUAAAGAAGAACCAGAUGAGCUCUUCAGUCAGGAGGAAGAUCGACUUCAUCUGAAGCAGGAGACUGAAACCUUGAUGGAGAUUCCUACUUAUGAUGAAAAUGAGAACAGUGAAGCAGAUCUAAACAAUCAGCAGAGCUUUAAUGUAACUGAUAGUCAGGAUGAAGAAGGAAACCAACAUGAAGAAUCAACAUCAACUACAGAUGAAGAGACAGACCCACAGAACAGAGAUCAGAAGAAAAGUUUUAGUUAUUUAUCUCAUCUUAGAACACACUUGAGAUCUCACACAGGAGAAAAGCAUUUUUCUUGUGUGGAAUGUAAUAAAGGUUUUAGUCAUGUAUCUGAUCUCAAAAAACACAUUAGAACUCAUACAGGAGAAAAGCCUUUUUCUUGUAAAGAAUGUGACAAAAGGUUUAGUUGUGGAUCUAAUCUGACAACACAUAUGAGAAUUCAUACAGGAGAAAAGCCUUUUUCUUGUACAGAAUGUGGUAAAAUUUUUAGUUGUUUAUCUAAUCUCAUAACACACAUGAGAAUUCAUACAGGAGAAAAGCCUUUUUCUUGUAAAGAAUGUGAUAGACGUUUUAGUCAUGUAUCUGAUCUAAAAAAACACAUCAGAACUCAUACGGGAGAGAGGCCUUUUUCUUGUAAAGAAUGUAAAAAACAAUUUAGUCAGACGUCUAGUCUUCAAAGACACAUGAGAAUUCAUACAGGAGAAAAGCCUUUUUCUUGUAAAGAAUGUGAUAAAAGUUUUAGUUGUUUAUCUACUCUCAAAAAACACGUGAGAACUCAUACAGGAGAAAAGCCUUUUUCUUGUAAAGAAUGUGUUAAACGUUUUAGUUCUGUAUCUAAUCUCAAAAAACACAUGAGAACUCAUACAGGAGAAAAGCCUUUUUCUUGUAAAGAAUGUGUUAAAUGUUUUAGUUCUGUAUCUAAUCUCAAAAAACACAUGAGAACUCACAGUAGAAAAGCCUUUUUUGUGUAAACAAUAUAAAACAGGUUUUAGCGAUGUAUUUAGUCUCUAAUGACCAUUUUUUUGUGUAAAGUGUGUGAUAAAAGUUUUAGUGAUGUAUUUGACCUUAAAACAAGAGAACUCAUGCAGAAGAGAAACUGACCUGAGGUUAGCUAUCAAAGCAGCCUGAUCUUUCAUUAAAAUGUUCACAGGCUGAUGGCCUCCAUACCACAUUGAUGCAGUUAUUCACAUGACUCCUGAAAACAUUCUUUUUUUAUUCUUCUAACUUCUGAUUUUCUAAGACAAUGUUUUAUAGGUGUUCGUGUUUUAUAAGACACUGUGAUCACAUAUCUCAAAUAAGGGAUUGUGUAUUGAUUCUAAACAUAAUGACUUUCACUUUUUAAGAUAUUUAACUUCAUGAAAUCCAUAGAUUUGAUUUUUAGAGAAAUUUUGAUAAUGUUCGAUUUUUGUUGGUCGAUUUUUCUUAGUAGAUUUUUGUACUUUAUGAUGUUGUCUAAAGUUUUUGAGUUAACCAUUGUGGUUGUUGUUUAUGUAUGGGACACUGACCGGCGAAGUGUGUAUUAUUCUCCACUGUUUAAGCACGAUCUGUUUCUUCUACAAAGUGCGUUAAUUUGUCAUAAUGUAUACUUUGAAGGCCAUUAACCUGCUUAUACCAUGGUCACUUACAAAAGAAAUAAAUAUUCAGUGGUUAGUACUUUGUUCUAGUUACUUUUUGGAUUUAUAUCGUGUUUUUCACAAAAAGCAGACUAUUUGUUACGUGGUGGGGUACAUUGUCACUAACAUAAUGCACCGGCAGAGCAAGUACUGACUUCGAUUACAGCGGCAAAGGAAAGGGAAAGGAAAGGGAUAUCUAUGCUGACCGUCACGAUGUGUUAAAUAAAAUCAGUUCAGAUAUAAAGUUCACCUCUUACCGCUUGUUUUUGUCCAUACGCUUAUGCUAAAGGUUGUGGUAAAGAAGCCAGCGCAUUGAUGUUAAAGCUAUGUGACGGAACUUCUUUUUAGACGUGCAGUUAUCACUUUUUAUUAUUAUCACUUUUUAAUCUAUACCCAGCAGCCAAUCAGAAUCAAGUAUUUACCUGGACUAUGGAAUAAGCUAUAAUAAUGUUGUCUAACUCUGUGUGUUACCAUGACAAAACUAGAAUUAUUUUACACAUCUCUAAAUCUAACACUAUGUGGUUCGUGAACAUUUCAAUAUUGUUUUAAAUAUAAAAAAACUGCAGUUUAUAUUUUGUUUAUUCUUGCAAGCAAAUGAAAGUUUAGUGAAAAAAGAUUUUCCUAAAAAUGAAUUAAGGAAGAGGCGGCUAAAGAACUAGACUGGUGUUUGUGUCUGGUGUUCUUGUGAUUUCUGUUUUCUUGUAGACAUUAGAACUGUUCCUCUGUUCUUUUUGGUUCUCAGUGUUCUGUUCCAAUCUUUACUGUGAGGAAUAAAGUGGACGUGAACAUCA